UGUCACUUUUGUUGUUGGUAUAUCGUUUCGCUGUCUGAUGUGUCAACGUACCCUCAUCCAAGACCAUUAAUUUACAGCUGACCAAGUUCCUAACUGAUAAUAAGACCAUGAUGUUGUUCAAGACACUCCUAGGUCUAGCGGUCGCCAGCUUAACGUCCGCACACUUCAUCCUGCAAUGGCCACCGACUGCCGGUUUCGACGAUGACCUCGAGCCGAACGCGCCUUGUGGCGGUGCAAACGUUGUCUCGAACAGCAGCAACCCGCAGGUCCAAGUCGGUCAAUUUGCACUUAGCAUCCUCAACACGCAUCCGGCGGGAGAAUGGCUCUUCCGCGCCACCACGGACACGGUUGGCCUGUCCAACUUCACAACCAUCUCACCAAUCGUUAAUACCACGGGCGUUGGCUCAUUUUGCCUUACCAACAUGAUGGUACCGUCAUUCUUCGCCGGCAGCGCUGGUGUCAUUCAAGUGGUAGACAAUUCUGUAGACGGCGUCUUGUACCAGUGUGCGCCCGUGAACUUCGUCAGCGGUUCCAACACGACGGUCGGCAGCAGUUGCUCCAAUGCUACGGGUUUCAGCGCGGUCAGGACUGGCAUGACGCUUAAUGGCUUCUCCGCCAACUCCUCGCAAGCCAGUGCAUCCAGCAGCGCCGCAGCAUCGGGUUCUGCGACCGCAUCGCGCUCUGGAUCUGCUACUGCCUCUGCUGCCACAGCAACUUCUUCAGCCGCAGCUGCUGUUGCUACGGGUUUGAGCGGACUUGCAGGAGGACUCGGUCUGCUCGCUGCAGGACUCAUCCUGUAGACGGACGAGAAAGUUGCUUCACUGCAGACGCUUGCGCGACCAUGUGAGACUCCCCUGUGGCAUCUCUCGGUGACAAGCUGGACUCCCGUCGCGAGCUUUGCCUCUGCCAGCAAUAAACUGGUACAUAUGAGCACGCGGUCACCGCAGUGAGUCUGGGCCUAUUAAGUAUGACAACAAGGCCGAGGGAAAGAAAGUCGGUCUGUAAUGGAACACGAUAGAUCCCAUGGGUAUCGCUAUAGGCUCGGUGUCGGUCAUCAGCUUGUGCAUUGUGCGCUCUACUUAGAGGCUGUGCACUACAAACGAUCUCCGCAAUAUGGAUACUCCAUCUUCGCCCCCAUAUGUUCGAGGCGAUGUAGCCCACCAUCGACUUGUUGUUGGUGGAUAAGUUCCUCUGCAGGUCUUGAUCCUUCCCUCAAGUUGCAACAAUGGCAAACGAUCUAGCACCGCCAAUGCCAAGAGU